UGUUUCGAAACUAUUUCAAACAAUUUUUUUUUAGAAUUUUGGAAUCAACUUCUAUUCAACUAAUUCCAAACAAACAUCACAGAAUUUCCCCAAGAGUCUCGUAUCAUAUCAAGAACAAAUGGGCAUUAUGGACAACGAGGUCUUUCAUUUCGAGGAUGAUGAUGAUGAUUAUCAAACCUCCAAUGAUGAGUAUAGCGACGAAAAUGAAAAUGAACCCUGGGAAACCCGCAGCAGAAGAUCAACCAAUCCAGAAGAACAAGCUUGCAGGGAGAUUCCAGCAGAUCAAUUCUUGAGCAAAAUCAACCUCCCCACUGAACCCACCGUCAAGAUCGUGGUCAACUCUAUGAAUGGCUCUAAACAAACUCUCAUUCUACCCAAAAACCUCCUCUGUACACGAUCCCCAUUCUUCCACCUCGCUUUCAAUGCCGCUCUCAGAGAAUCCGCAUCUCAAUCUCAAGAACUCCACCUCCCCGAAACAUCCAUCGCGGAAUUCGAACUCGUGAUUCAAUUUCUCUCCACAGAUACCUUUACAUUCCCCCACACCGUCAUCGACUCCCAGGAAAAACUCACUCUCUACCUCCUCUUCUUCAAAUCCUGCCAUCAAUUUUCCAUCACCGGUCUCUCCCCCAUCAUCAUCCGCUUCCGAAAUUUCCUCCGCUGGUGUUCCGCCCGCGGCGAAUUCCCCGAUCGUUUUCACAUGCAACUCGCCAUUUCGCUCCCCCCUUCCCACGAGGCGCGCAAGCUGGCUGUCGCUGCCUGUGUAAAACCGUAUGCGUGCUCGAUUACUAAAUCAAGCACGUGUUAUGGACGCGCGCUGUUUCAUCUGGAGAAGUACGUGGAGGAGGAGACGCAGUUUGCGGCGGAUCUGUUCAGAGCGUAUACGAAGGCGGUGAGGGGCGCGUUGGGGACCCAUACGAUUGUUGAUCCGUUGACGGGGACGGAUUAUACGGUUAGUACGGGGGUGGCGUGUCAGUUGGAGAGGAGUAGGGGGAAUAGGUGUGUGAAUCAUCUGGGGAAGUUUUAGGUGUGGGGGAGAGGGGAUCCUGGUUGAGGGAGUUUUGCGGAGUGGGAGUUGAGGAUUGAGGAAUUUUUUGCAUGAUUGAUAGGGAGUUAUUGGCGGUAUUGAAGAGCAAUGACAGAUAGAGGAUGGAUAUCUCAUUUAUCAGGACUGAAUUAUGAAUAUAAACAAUUGCACUAUACUUUUGCUUCCUUGCUUUACUGUCUUCGCCAAAAAAGUUUCAAAAAAUUGAAAAACUCUGAGAGAUUCACUACCCAAUCUCAUCAUCACCGACCGGCCCCACAGAAAAAAGUCACCCAAAAGACCCUCCAAAGCAACCAGCAAAAGGGCAAAACUCUAGGCCCGGACGCCUAGAAUCCCAAUGAGCCAAAUCGUUUUCUACGUUACCAGAACUUGCGUUGAGGUAGGUAUUAUAUACGUUGUCACUGACGAAGCCCUGCCAGUGCGAGGUAGAGAGGCGGACAUCAUUCUUCGAGAAUGACGAACCCUACCUGCUGCGCCAUACGAGACGUGGGGGUGCUUGAAGAUUGAAGCAAUAAUUUGAUAUUAUAUAGGUAGCGAGGAGGGAAUUUUUGGGGUGGUGACUUAUUGGGCACGUGCCUACCUAUACUGUAUGGUAUUGAAUGAAUGCCCAUGUGGGUGGGCAUUUCAAGUUGAUGUUGAGGGAUGGAUGUGAAAUAUGCUGAGGAUGAUUUUGAUUGUGCAGUGUGUGUGAAAUUAUACUGAGACUUGCAACGAUCGCAGAUACAU